AUGAAUCCGCAAGAAUUAUGUGCUCAAGAUGAGACAUUGCAUAAAAACUUUGAACGGUUUAUGAAAUGUAAGCAUGACUAUCCAAACCUGAUUACAUUUAUGGAGCUAUUUGCAAGUGCUUACGGCGUUCUCGGGUUAACGGUGUGCUGCUUAUCAGUUCUGUCUAAUACCAUGAAUUUGAUGCUUCUAUCCAAACGAUGGUUACGUCGUCCAACAACCAGCAUUCUGAUCGGGAUCUCUGCUAUGGAUCUAUGUGUUUCAAUGAGUCAGAUGCCUAUUCUACUGAGAUAUUAUCUGGCUCCCAUAUUCAGCCAGGAUAAUAUUCAUCAUCAGCCUAUGGAUGACGUUCCGGGAUCCAUACAGAACUCCUCCUAUGAGGAUUACUUUGAUAAUAUGAAUGAGACAUAUGCGGUCUGUUCAAACAGUACUCCGCUGGUCAAUAGUAAAGAUUUUGGUUGGGUAUGUAAUCGGCCAGAUGCAUCACUGUCGCGAUGGAGUGUUGCUUUCUUGUUUAUCCUGGCUCAAUGCACAGCUCUGACUAGCCACACCGCUUCCGUGUGGUUUGGUGUGGUUCUAGCCGCAUUUCGCUGGUGGCUAAUCAGUGAACUCAGUCGUAAAAUGAACCGGAUGAGGCGUUCCAUAAAUCUGGCUCAACAGUCUAUCCAGUUGGCCUCAUCUGUGAUUGCCCGGUCGGAUAUUGAAUUAUCCCGAGUUUGUGUGCAGUGUGGUCGUGCUAUUCUGUUGGUUCAUGGUACACAACGGUCGGCUGCACUUGAUCCAGACAUGCACACGAUGGAUACAUGUGAUCGAUGUGGUUCUCUGGAACCCAUGGAGAAACCGACGACAGAUAAGCAGUCCUAUAACUCUGCCGGUAGCCGAUGGUUUCGUCGAAGCAAAUCCACUUUUGAGACACGGGUCAAAUUCCAUUCAAGCGAAUCGCUAACGGAACAGCGCUUUGUAGUGCAAAAGAGUGACGCAAGUGAUCAACGCCUGGACGUUGAUCAUCGAUUGUCUUUUCUGUGUAGAGUGUGUUGUCACAGUAGAAAUCGAGUGGAACUAUCCCGUGCCAACGUACAACGUGCACUUUGUCUAGUAUUUUUACUUGUGAGCCUAUUUUUAAGUCCGUAUUAUUUGAGUGCCCAGAUCCGAGCCGCGUAUUACAUCAUCAUGCCCUGUGACCCUUAUUUUCAAUUGAAAAAAUCGCUCACACAAACCAAAGAAGUCGUACAUCUGUGUGUGGACAAUAAAACGCAGAUCCGGACAAUACUGGCAGGUUAUAUGCCUUUACGGAAGGAGGACUCCGUGCUUGACUCAUACAAUUUCUGGAUUGUUGCCGGUAUGGGCAAACUUGCACCUUGCUGUUUGAUUGCUGCUUUUGGUUUCCGUCUGAUCACACACUUACGUAAAAAUCUGUCACAUCGAUUGACAUUUACGGGUCACGUGACCCAGCCAUAUUCAUGCUCUGAGACAAAGGGUCCACAGAAAGCUCAGGCUUUGAAAAAUCGUCUGAGAAACCAUCGUCGAACGAGUCGACUGCUAAUACUUGUGAUUCUGCUCAUUCUACCCGUGGAGCUCCCGACUGCCAUCAUUUUGAUCAGCAAACGAUAUACUCAUCAGGGUGAAUGCUUAUAUCUCAGUCUGGGUGAUUUGCUGGAUUGGUUAACAUUGGUCAAAAAUGCCCUCACGUUUGUGAUAUACUGUGCCAUGUCGUCCGAAUUCCGUACUGCUUUUUGUGAUAGUACAAAGACGGUGAGAAACUACACUCGAUUUGUAUGUACACUGUGUAGAGCAAGAAGGUUGCCAAAUCAGUGA